UACAGUAAAAGUGUACCCUCCGUUACUGCCCAAAGAUGCCUUUCAUGAAAGGAAAAGCUCCGAUUCGGAGAACGCUACAAUAUCUUAAUGCCGGCCAGCUGAUGCUGAAGGAUAAGGUGAAAAUAUUCAGCGUAAACUACAACACGUACGGUGAACAUCAUGAGGGAGCAAGGGAUUUCGUGUUUUGGAACAUUCCUCAGAUACAGUACAAGAAUCCAAAGGUGCAGGUAGUAACGUUUAAAAACAUGACCCCGUCUCCUUUCAUUCGCUGUUAUUUCGAGAAUGGUAAACAAAUGUUGAUCGACAUUGAUAGCAAAAACAGACAGGAAAUUCUUCAGCAUCUGACCACCGUUGUGGGCAAAUCUGACGCAACGCUGAAGGCAGAAGCAAAACUAGCCGAAAAACAGGACAACCCUGCGAACUUCGGUGUCGGCUGCGUGAAGCAUUGCAUUUGUGAAAUUCCCGGACAAUUGCCGUGCCCAGGUGUCGUUCCUGUGCCGCAGCAUAUGCGAGGAAAGUUUAAAUAUCAAAUGAAGGAAUAA